AUGUUCACUAAAUGUAUAGUUCUUGCCUUAGUGGCAGUGGCUUCAUGCCAUGAUUUAGCUAUAGGAUUCAAUACAAAUGGAAAGAAAAUAUUUGAUGAAACGAAACAAGCCAACCCUGCGAUUUGGAGACAGGCGAAUAAUGUAACUGUAACAGCCAGCGAAAAUGAAGUGAUAAGUCGUGUAGUUGUUAAAGAUCUGAGGCCAGAAAAGGAUGGAGAUGUGAAAAUAGUAGAAGGAGGCGAAGGUCAGAAGAAUGUUACCAUUGAACUCAAAAGUCCAACUGCUUUACGAGGAUAUGAUUUCCAGAUUGAAGUAUAUGCCAUUCCAGAUAUCACAGCCCAAAAGGAUAUUAAUUUAAAAGAUGGAACCCCGAAUACAAAUGAUAAAAAAUCACCUACGGAAAACACUGGAUCUAAAAACACCCCUACAAUUGUCUCAAAAGAUGAAACUGCGAGGUCAGCGCACAACUCAAUGAAAAACACUGAAGUGAGUUCAACAGUGGUACCAGAAGAUUGUGUAACAGAUGUACCCGUCGAAGAUUUUAAUAAAGAAAACAUGAAGAUAUCAAAAGAUGCCCAGGAUCAUGAAACAGUAGAAUUUGUUUUAGACACGAAUGAUUCUUCUAAGGAAGCCUUAAAAGCUGAAAGUAUGACUGUAGACCUACCGAUUGAAGUAAACGAGAAUGAUAGAGAUAUUUUUACAAGCACAACAGAAAGCGAUGAAACUACUACUAUUUUUGAAACAACCACAUUACCUGACAAUAAUAAAUAUGAUAAAGAGCCAAUGAUUGAUGAAGGUCUGAGGUGGAAUUGGCAAAGUGUUAAAGUUUUCAAGCCCAUAGUUGAAAUGAAAGUAAACACUACAGAACAAACCGAUAAAAAUAAGUUUUAG